UCUAUUCCUCUUAGUGGGAAAGAGAGAAUCAGAUGUGUUCACCCCUUGAAUGGACACUAGGAUGCAGAUGAGAGAGAGAGAGAGAGAGAGAGCAAGAAGCAAGUCAGCACCCUGGCCUUUCCUCGUGGGAGGAGGAGCGCUAGGAUGCGUAGCCCACGCUAUCUAGUAAUAGGCAGAAGCCUCCGGGCCCCAAGGCAGCAGCAGGUUGAAACAGGCCAGUGGCAGGGAGAAUAUCAGACCAAAACAGGCUUGUUGGGUGGGCAGGAUAGUGAGGCUGCUGGAGAGAAAAGAAACAGCAAAUAGCUGAGAAGAGGCUCAGGGAGAUAGAGAAUCACAUACUUCUGUUCAAAAAGAUUUCGGUGGAGCUCCAAGAGACAGAAAGGCAGGUGGGUCACAGACACAGAAGGGAAAAAAGAUCCUUUUAUGAGAAGCAGAGGUGUUAAGAAGCAAACAGUCAAGCUGGGAAGAUGAGAUUGUCUCUGAACUUAGCAGAGUGUGUGGGCACAGAAGACUGAUAGCAGCCAAGUAAACAGAGUCCACAGCUGUGGUAGCUGCAGGAGCAAAGCCCGCUCGGUGACAAGCAUGAGCACUCUUCCACAGACCUGUGACCAGGAGCUGAGAACAGGUGCAGAGAAAGAACGAUGCCUUCAGGAGAAAAGCCUACUUCUAUGUGCACUUCUUCUCAGUACUCUCCUUGGCUUUACAUUGCUUAUCACCUACCUCAUGAUGACUUGUGCUCUAGGAUCCUGUGAUGCUGAGUCAGAUCUUGCACUGUUGGAAAGACUUCUGAAUUCUAGGAAUGACACUGUAAACCCCUGUGAGAACUUCUACAAAUAUGCCUGUGGCAGAUGGGAAGGCAAACAGUCAAGCAGAACCAGAGAAGUAUCACUAAAUGUAUUUGAUGUGUUGUUGGAAGAAAACCAGUUGAUCCUGAAAAGGCUUUUAGAAAGUCCACAAUCUGGGGUAAGAGGCUCAGCCAAGGAGAAAGCAAUGCAGUUUUAUCGUUCCUGCAUGGAUACUGAACGAAUAGAAUCCCAAGGAGCUCAACCAUUGAAGGACCUCCUAAAUCAGGUUGGUGGAUGGCAAAAGACAGGUGUGGGGGAAACAAAAGAUUUUAAUGAAACUCUUCAGAUUCUCAUGAGCAGAUACAGCACCUUUCCAUUUUUUAGAGUCCAUGUGGGACCUAGUCCUUUUGACCCCAAGACCAAUAUUAUUCAGAUUGACCAUCCUGAGUUUGAUAUUCCACUUGAGAGUGAAUUCAAAGAGAAAAAUUAUCUUGAGGUUCUCCGUGUGUAUCUUUCAUAUUUGAAGAAACUGGGGGUCCUACUUGGAAGGACAGAGGAUGGUCCCCCUGAUUCCUUUUCCCUGACCUUGUCCUUCAUCUCUAACCUCCAGAAAUUUGUAACUCCACUGCAGAAAAGACAGCAGAGGGGGAUGCUGUUCUUUCGCACUACCAUUAGGGAGCUACAGGAGAAGGCACCCGCUAUUGACUGGCUGGCAUGUCUCAAGGCCGUCUUUCAGUCUGUGCCAAUGAACCUCUCUCAGCCAAUUGCAGUGCAUGACAUGGAUUACUUAAGCAACAUGUCACAGCUCAUCGAGAAGUGGCACAAGGGAAGGGUCCUUCACGUUUAUAUGAUUGUUUGUCUGGUUGGGAAUCUCUCCCCAGCCCUUGACAGUCAAUUCCAAGAUGCACGCCUGGAGCUGUAUAAGAUCCUUUAUGGAAAAAUGGGAUCUAGAAUGAUCCCAGCUGAGCGCUGGAGGAAGUGCUUGAGUGAUACCAGCUCUUUCUUUGACCCAGUUCUAGGAAAGAUGAUUGUGCAAGAAAUUUUUCCUGAGCAGACCAAGAAAUUUGCUGAGCAGAUGUUCUCUGUGAUCCAAGAUGCCCUCUGUGACCGCCUCGAUCAGGUGGAGUGGAUGGAUGAACAGACUCGCCAAAAUGCUAAAGCCUUGGUAUCCAAACUACAAGUGGAGAUUGGUUAUCCAGCUCACAUACUCCAGACUGACAAAGUGAACCUGGAAUACCAGAAUGUGAGCUAUAUAAUUCACAUUCCCUGUCUCUCCCCUCAGCUGGAGAUAAACGAAGAUACUUUUUUCCUCAAUGUGGUGGCUUGUUUGAAAGUACUGAGGGAAAAUUCCUACCUGAAGCUCCUUCAGCAUUACCCACAGAAAAACUGGCAUGUGCACCCCUGGAGCGUGCAUUCCUACUAUUCAAUGACAGACCACAUGGUGGUCCUUCCGGCUGGAAUGUUCCGCAGUCCUUUUUUCCACAUGGAGUUUCCCAGCGCUGUGAAUUUUGGAGCCAUCGGGGUCUUCAUGGCACAUGAAAUUCUUCACUCAUUCUAUGGUUAUGUGUUGCCUGAGGGCUGUCCUGCAUGCAACAGGAGUGCACUACAAAGAUCUAUAGACUGCUUGGUUGAACAGUAUGAAAGCUACAGCUUUAAUGUCAAUGGCACCUUCACACUGUUGGAGAAUACAGCUGACACUGGAGGGGUCGCUAUCGCUUACCAGGCAUAUAAGAAUUGGUUGAAAAAGCACCAAGAGAAGGAUUUACCUAAGACUGGACUUUCACACGAUCAACUUUUCUACCUCAGUUUUGCUCAUGCAAUGUGUGGACACCAAGAUCCAGAGAUGCUCCAGUCCUCCCUGAACACAGAUCCACAUAGUCCCUUGCCACUUCGUGUCUCUGGGCCUGUCAGCAAUAGCCAGGACUUUUCCAAGAGCUUCCAAUGUCCCAGUGGAUCCCCAAUGAACCCAGACAAAAAGUGUCGCAUCUGGUAAUGUGCAUGGAAGAGGAGGAAGAGAGAUGUGAUCCCAGGGAGAGGAAGGCCUGACACAUGAAAAUAAUGACCUUCUCCUUAAGGCCUCUAGGGUGACAUAGUGCUCUUAUUCACUCCUUUGCCUUCCUUUUCUUGCUCUCCUUUCCUCAGCGUUUGAUGGCAGGGAAAUGCUCAAACUGCUCUCAUAAGGAGAGGAUCUCCUCCAAGGCUCUCAGUGCUCUGUCCCAGAUGUGUGACAAGUCCUAGGGCAGCAAGGUGACCGGCCAGUUUCUAGUAGGCAACAGCUUGUGAGUAGUUGGGAACAGAAAGACUGUUACAUGAUUAGUCCCUCUGUUGAGCGCAUUUACCUGUCUGCUCCAGCAGCCUCACAGUCCUGUUGAAAGGGCAAGUCAAUAAACUGGAGCUGUAAGACUUGCUCAUAUCUUACAAUAGCUCUUGGAGAAAUCCUGUGGGGUACUGUGCAAACCACACAUAACUUAUAAGAGAGGCAAGAAUCCUCUUCUUUUGAUAAUAAAUGGAGACAGGUGCCAGGAAAGACUCAGUGGCUACAAUUUGUAGGCUGAAAGUUAAGUGACUUAAUAAUGAAGUUUACUGAAGGCCUUCUCUGCUCUGCUUUUUUUUUUCAUCAGUAAAACUCAGACAUAAGAGGAAAGAGGAAAGCAUCCCCAUUAAUGGGAGGGUAACCGAGGAGCUGAGAACAGAUUCUCUUUGUUUUCCAACAAUAUCCUCUGUUUUUUGGUGUCUAGGGUUAAGGAUAUGGUAAAAGAUGCAGUAUGGGACGGUCACAAAGGUUUCUAGAAGUUUCUCAGGGUUGAACUACUGGAAUUCCAAGAGCUUCUCUGGAUUCUGAACCUGGUUCUGUCCCUACAUUUGUAAAUAUUUACCAUCCAAGCAGAGGAGUAGAGCUGUUAUAGGAUUUCACUUGCUACUUGAAAUUGAAUUUUAGGUAUUAAUUUGCUUUAGAGCAAAAGCAGAGUAAGAAGCAACAUGAUUUGGGGUAGCAGAAGUGCCUGAAGUACAUUCUUAUGGGCAAUGUAAUAAUUACAGCUAUUUCAAGUUCUCAUAAUUAGAAAAUUUAUACUAAUGUUCUACAAUUUACUGACAUUAAUAAGUAUACAAAAUACUUAUACCUUUUGCAUACUCUUCAAACUGUUCUUGUUUAGGGGAACAUUUUUAUUUUACCUAUUAUAUUGUCUGCCUAGAGAUUGUUUGUGCAAUGAUGGCAAGUGGAUGAUGGCAAGUGGAAACAUCUCUUACCAAUGUAAGCAUUUUAAAAUAACCGUGUUAAUCCUUUUCAAGUACUGACAAAUUCAGUAAAAUGUUCUCCAAGAAUGGACUGUUCAGUGAUGUUGUUUUCAUUAAUUACCAAAAAUAUUAAUAAAGUGUUUGCUUUUGGGAAAAAAAUACUUUGCAAAUGCUUUAUCAUCAGGCCUGUAUCUUUUUUCUGUAUUUGUACAGUUCACAACUUGUCUGGCACUCUUAGCUGAACUUCACAGGUAAUAAAUAAGAAUACCUCAAAAUAGUUUCAUUUAUUUACCAUCAUAAAAAAUAACAAAAUUUGGCUUGUGCUUAUCAUUACCAUUUAAACAGUGUAUACUCUUCCUUCCCUUCACUCAUCCAAUUGAUUUUCUCCUAGCAGCAUGUCCAGUUCUUUUUUAAGAUGCAUAAUAGCAAAAUAGCAAAUACUACUGCACAACACUUAGUGUAUAAUCUAGACAUUAUUUCAGUGUUCUGAGACUACUUGGCUUCUGUGUUUCUUUUGUUUAGAAAAAGUGAAAGGUACUGACAAUAUACACUUUGAGGAGUCUA